GCCUUCGAUGUGCUUAUGAGAGCUCAACGGUCAUAUGACCACAUACCUUCAGAGAACGUACAGGAUGUCGAGAGGAGCCAGUGGAGGUCCAUCAGGGUCAUGUACUUCACCAUGUUCCUCAGCAGCAUGGGUUUCUCAAUCGUCAUCACGUCCAUAUGGUCUUAUCUACGUAAGAUUGACGACAGCGCAGAUGCUAGUUUUCUGGGUUGGGUUGUGGCUGCGUAUAGCCUGGGACAGAUGGUGGCGUCGCCCCUGUUUGGACUUUGGUCCAAUCACAGGCCUCGAAAGGAGCCGCUGGUGUGUUCCAUAGCUAUCAACGUUGCAGCUAACGUGUACUACUCUUAUGUGUACCUGCCUCCGUCUUACAACAAAUACCACAUGCUCAUGGCUCGAGCGCUCAUUGGAUUUGGAGCAGGUAAUGUAGCUGUCGUGAGGUCCUAUUUAGCAGGAGCCACAUCGCUGAAGGACAGAACCAGCGCGAUGGCGAACAUGAGCGCCUGCCAGGCUCUGGGCUUCAUCCUUGGCCCAGCUCUUCAGGCAGGUCUGUCGUUUAUCGGUGAGAAAGGCUUCACCAUGGACAUCAUUUACCUGAAGUUUAACAUGUACACGGCUCCGGCGCUGCUCGCAGCCUGCUUCGGCGUCAUCAACAUCCUGCUGGUUUUUAUCGUCCUGAGGGAGCAUUGUGUAGAUGACCAUGGCAACCAGAUCAGAGCGAUUAACUACGUCUCAGAAGAGCAACUCAUCGUGCCUCCUGAAGUGGAAGGAGAUAUCGACCAGAUCGCAGUGCUGACAUCCAACAUCCUUUUCUUCGUCGUCCUCUUCAUUUUUGCUGUGUUUGAAACUAUAGCCACUCCUUUAUCAAUGGACAUGUUUGCGUGGACGAGGAAAGAAGCCAUCCUGUACAAUGGGAUCAUUCUGGCAGCCAUUGGCUUCGAGUCGAUUAUCGUGUUCCUCCUGGUGAAGGUGAUCUCCAUGCGGUUUGGUGAUCGUCCGGUGCUCUUCAGUGGCCUCGCCAUCAUAUUUAUCGGCUUCUUUAUCAUGCUCCCUUGGGGAAACCAGUAUCCAAAAAUUCAGUGGGCAGAUCUUCAGAACCGCUCCAUGCCAGUUUUGGGUCGUGCUCCGGUCUCGAACAGUAGUGUGGAACCGACCGGAUGCCCUUCAGAUCAGAUUUGGUGCCAGUUCACCCCCGCCAUCCACCUGGCACAAUACCUAACAUCUUAUAUCCUCAUAGGAGUCGGUUACCCCGCCUGCAACGUCAUGUCCUGCACGCUGUACUCGAAGAUCCUGGGACCCAAACCACAGGGUGUGUACAUGGGCUGGCUGACGGCCUCAGGCAGCGGCGCUCGGACCCUGGGUCCUGUAUUUGUCUCUCAGGUCUAUACCAUCCUGGGUCCUCGCUGGGCCUUCAGUCUGAUCUGUGGGCUUGUCCUGGCAGCCAUCGUUCUCCUCACAGCGAUGUACAGACGACUCAUAGCCUUCUCUGUGCGCUACGGAAGGAUACAGGAGGGAUGAGGUCCGAGGGCCCAGACUGGAGUAUUUUACCUUCGUGAACUAAAGGCUCUGGAUGGUGGGAGAUGGACAGAAGUUUCCCAUGAC